AGGUGUGUAGACGCUGCCAGGGGCAUCCGGAAUGAGCGCGGCCGAAGCCGACCGCUGGGCGUGGCUGCUGGUGCUCAGCUUCGUGUUUGGGUGCAAUGUCCUUAGGAUACUCCUCCCGUCCUUCUCUUCCUUCAUGUCCAGGGUGCUGCAGAAGGACGCGGAGCAGGAGUCACAGAUGAGAGCAGAGAUCCAGGACAUGAAGCAAGAGCUCUCCACGGUCAACAUGAUGGACGAGUUUGCCAGAUAUGCCAGGCUGGAAAGGAAGAUUAACAAGAUGACAGAUAAGCUCAAAACUCAUGUGAAAGCACGGACAGCUCAAUUAGCAAAGAUAAAAUGGGUUAUAAGUGUUGCUUUCUACAUAUUGCAAGCUGCUCUGAUGAUCUCGCUCAUUUGGAAGUACUAUUCUGUCCCUGUGGCUGUCGUGCCAAGUAAAUGGAUAACCCCGCUAGACCGGCUGGUAGCUUUUCCUACCAGAGUAGCAGGUGGUGUUGGAAUUACCUGUUGGAUUUUAGUCUGUAACAAAGUUGUGGCCAUUGUGCUUCAUCCUUUCAGCUGAAAAGGAAGAUAAAUGCGGCUAUGGGACGUUUAAAAAUGGAUAUUCUCUUAUUAGGUUAAACAUCUUAUUUAUGGUUUUUUUUUUUAAGAAACAAAAGUGUAGUUAGCAUUUUUGUUGUUGAAUAUGUUUGUUCUUGGAGUUCAUGUAAGAUCCUUACACGAAUCGAUAUUUUUCUGCACUUGUCAUUGGGCCAGCCAGUUUAUGACAUGUGUGUACCGACCACCAUCAUCCCAGAUCUGCAGGAAAUGUGUCACUUGUGAUUUGCGCUCUUGGCAUAUUUUGCUCCUAUCACCAACUGGAAAGUCAAAAUUU